GUUUGCAAUACAAAUUAAAACUCUAAUAUAUGAAGAAUUAAUUAAUUACGGAAAUAACAACACCUCCUCUAUUAUCGUUAUGUGGUAACUUGGAACACACAGACGAAAUUGAACUUUAAAGCAACCCACUGCUAAAAAUAUUAAAAUGAGUACCGACAGCGCCGAGGAAUCGGUGACCAAUGCCAAUGUUCCGCAUAUGGAGAUCAACAUAUCAAACACCAACAUCAGUGGCCAGAUCGUUUUAAAUGACGUGCUGCUUAUGGAGAUGAUCUGUCGGUAUCCCUUCCUCAUUAUUCCGGAGGUGGAACCCCAACUGGACGUAGACUACAACGCCUGGGGAUGGGAUCAGCUGGCUAAGUCCUUUAACCAAAAGUACGAGGGCGUUGAGCUGAGUGCUCCGUUCUCCGUAAGUGACCUACGGCUGCGGUGGGUGAAACUGCGUCCGCUGAUUAGUGCCUUGGCUAGUGCCACAGGGCAAAUCCCUGAUCCCCUGUGGCGGGUGAUGAACAACGUGCACAACCGCAUGCAAGCGGAGAAGCCCCCGGAUGUGCCGAAAACCAAGUGCCAGGAUUUUCUGCUUAGUCAGUUGACCUUCAUGAAAUCUCUGUCGCAAUCGGAACGCCGGCGUUUAGAAGUCGAGGUCCUCGACCUCAUCCUAGAACAGGAGCGCCUAGAAAAAGCCACUCAAGAGCUAGGUCCUAAGGAGCUGGAGACAGCACAGAGUGAAUACGACGAGUUUCUCAAAGCAAUACGGGUUAAAGAGCUUCCAGCAGACACUUUACUCCGUUCGACGAUUGAUGCAUUUCGCAUUAGCCCUCACUCAAACCCUAGUAUAAUAAAUGCCAAUAAAAGGAGUGUGGGAAGUAGCAGGACAAUCAGCGAUAAUGGUAUUCGCAAUGGAUCAAUUGAUGUCGAAAUCAAAACAGAAGUAGCGGACGAACCUGAAAAUAAGGAUGUAAGCAAAUUUGACAAGCGACCGACUGAAACACCCCGCUACGUUCCACUUAAAAGCGCCAAAUAUUACAUUAAAAGUUGUCGGAUCCGGGUGAAACGAGUGGAUUUUGAAGAUCUUUUACCUUCAGUUAGAAUCCGGCGCUCCAGAAGGCCUACGCUGAGAACAUGACUUUCUUUCGUAUAAAAUGCACAUAAGUUUAUUAAAAAAUACAUUACUAUAAAUUACAACUUAAAACUAUUGUAUAA